AUGCGCCUUGUUCAUCUGGUUCUGGUCAUCAUUUGUUUGCAAGGUUUGUCCACAAAGUCCUUUCUAAUUUUUUUUUCGUCCCGGUUUUUUGGGUCAACGACAGUUCGGGUCAACAAUCCAUCGAUACGGGUCGUAGGGCAGGUGGACACCCGAAAAAAGGUUGUAGGAUGUGCCUACGAGGCUUGGCAAAGCCGUUAGCUGGCCGGCGAGCGCUCGGCGAAGACUUGGCAAAGACUUGCAAUAUGUCCACUCUUUCUUAUCUUAGCCAUUACUAACAUUAUUUUUGUUUACCUUGUGUUACUGUAGUAUAUAAAAGACCAAAAAAUUUUUUUAAAAACGAUGACCUAUAUCUUUUAUCUGGAUAUUGUUGAUGAGAGUACAUGUCAAACAACUCAAAAUAGGUGGUAAGCUGUCCUAGGACCCAAUCAAUCCUAUUAUUUCUACUAACGAGGCCUUCCCAUAUCCUCUCCAUGCACACAACGACGAACCGACACGGUCCAUAGUAUCGUUGACCCGAACUGUCGCUCUCCCGAAAAGUCUUAGCGCCAAAAAUCUAUAUCUUCGUGAACCGUUUUGUAUUGUUCAUUACAAGAACAAUUCCGAUUAUUUUCCAGCCGCAGUCGAUUGUGAAUGGUGUUAUGUUUGCUCGGACAAUGAAGGGCAGGUUCUGUUUUAUGAGUUCUCAGGAUGGGGAGGAGAGGAGUUCGGGAAAUGCAGUAAAAUCCGCUCCAAUCCUCCUGUGUGGUGCCCAUACGGAUGCAUGAGACAGGUUGUGGAAGCUGGAAUUUUGGUGUUUGGUAGGUUGUUUACUAUAUAUGUAUAUGUAUAUAUAGUAAAUAGUAAAGUAUGUACCACGUGGAUUGUUGCAAUUGCGAAUGAGUCAUUUCAAAUUUCAGGAAGGAAGAUCGAUACCGCCUCUUGCGCCGAGGAGGAGCUAAACUUGAAACGACCGACGUUCCUCGAGCGAAUGAAGGUUAGUUCAUUCAAACGUUGUAGAAAAAGUUCUUGCACCGUGCACUCACCUUUUUAAUGAAUAUCGCCGUGACGUAAGCUUUUUUCCAACUGCGCCGUCGCGCUUUUGCUCAAAAAACGUGCACAGUGCAAACGGAUUUUUUGAAGUUUGCACGGUGCGCAAAGACAAAAAUCCGCAGUGCGUUGGCGACGAAAAUUCAAGAUGCACUGUGCGAAAGCGAAAAAAUGUCCCGGCACUUUGUGAAAAUGCUAAUAGUAUCAUACUUUAAAUACCUACCGUAGUUGAGUAGUUACUGGUGUAUUAAAAUGGGCAGGUCAAAUUUUAUGUUUUUGGCUUACUGUAGGCAUACUGCACGUCAAACUGAGAUAAGCUAAAACAGUCCGGUGAAUGGAGUGGCAAUUUGCCAAAAAAACGCGAAAAAACGUUUUGUCGGGGAAGAAAUGGGGAAUUUUUGGGGCGAGAGAGUACGUUUUUGCGCGACUUUUCUCUGUCUUCUCUGCGAAAUCAAGACGAAGUGUAAAAAACGGAUAGCAAAGGGUCUAUUCCGGUCACCGGACUCCUCAGUUUGACGUGUACUGUAACAUUUAUAGAUUUUUCGUUUCUCCUCGAUUAGUAGCCCGAUUGACUCCGGACCUUUUCAGGGUUAUAGAAUGAUUGAUUCUAAGCAACUUUCAUAUUGACACCUUUUUGCUAAGACUUCUGGAAGUGUGCGAAAAAUAUACCAGAAUUUGUAGCCGGCGACGUUAUUGUUGCAUCUUGUAACCUUUACAUUUUUAGGGAACGAUCCGUGCAACUUGCGAUGGGAUAAAUGUUGAGCAUAAAAACGAUUGGUUUGAAUUGAACAUGCAGGGAAAAAAGUGUCAAUGUGUUGGCGACUACUGCAAUGACCCCGACAAACCUUCUUAA